UCUGGGAAUAUGGGCGCUGCAGCAGCACAGUCAGCUGGCGUCCAGCAUUGCUGACAGUCAUAGAGUCACACUGAACUGUAUACAAAGUACACGCAAAAGGAAUCGGGUAGGGGUGCUACUACCCAGACAAACACAACCGGCAAAAUACUAGUGCGUUGUAAUGGCGGCAGAAAUCCACCCAAAACCACUGACGCGGAGACCUGUCCUUCUCAGUAAGAUCGAGGGAUCGCAGGAUGUGGUGAAUACUGCAGUGAUCAUCCCCAAGAAGGAUGGGAUCAUCAGCGUCUCAGAAGAUCGGACGAUUCGGAUCUGGCUGAAGAGAGAUAGUGGGCAGUACUGGCCCAGUGUCUAUCAUUCCAUGCCAUCUCCUUGUUCCUGUAUGUCUUUCAAUCAAGAGACAAGAAGACUCUCUGUCGGUAUGGACAAUGGAUUAAUCUCUGAAUUUGUCCUUGCUGAAGAGUACAACAAAAUGACUCCUGACAGAACUUUCCAGGCUCACCAGGGCAGAGUGACAGUGGUUCUGUUUGUGUUGGAGAUGGAGUGGGUACUAAGCACUGGACAGGACAAGAACUUCAGCUGGCAUUGUUCAGAAAGCGGGCAACGAUUAGGGGGCUAUCGGACAACCGCCUGGGUCUCUUGUCUGCAGUUUGAUGUGGAGACUAGACAUGCCUUUGUUGGGGAUCACUUGGGACAGGUCACCAUUCUCAAGCUGGAGCAGGAGAGCUGCAGCCUUGUCACCAUGUUUAAAGGGCAUACAGGCAGUGUUACAGCUCUCUGCUGGGAUCCCGUCCAGAGAGUUCUAUUCUCAGGCAGCUCGGACCAUUCCAUUAUAAUGUGGGACAUAGGAGGCAGGAAAGGGACAGCCAUUGAACUGCAAGGACACAAUGAGAAAGUUCAAGGCCUGUGCUACGCACAUCACACUCGGCAGCUCAUCUCGUGCAGCUCAGAUGGAGGGAUUGUCAUCUGGAACAUGGAUGUUAAAAGACAGGAGACUCCGGAGUGGCUAGACAGCGAUUCCUGUCAGAAGUGUGAACAGCCUUUCUUCUGGAACUUUAAGCAGAUGUGGGACAGCAAGAAGAUAGGACUCCGGCAGCACCAUUGUAGGAAGUGUGGCAAGGCAAUGUGUGGGAAAUGCAGCUCAAAGCGCUCCACCAUACCGCUAAUGGGCUUCGAGUUUGAAGUGAGGGUCUGCGACAGCUGCCACGAGUCAAUAACUGACGAGGACCGGGCACCCACAGCCACAUUCCAUGACAGCAAGCACAGCAUUGUUCACAUUCACUAUGAAGUAACAAGAGGCUGGCUGUUAACAUCGGGGGCUGAUAAGAUUAUUAAGCUCUGGGAUAUGACGCCAGUAGUUUCCUGAUGGCUUCCCGUUGAACUCAAAAGACAGUAUUUACUGAAGGAGUGAAAGCUCUGGAAAUACAGGUUGGAGGCGAACAACUACAUUUCAAAUAACACUUUUAAAGGGAACCUUGAAAACAUCAUUGGCGAUUGGGGUUUGGCUUUUGACUGGUAUUUGUACAGCUUGCUUGCUUGCUUGCUUGCUUGCUUGCUCUGAACCCAAAAAGUGUAUGUUGUCAUUUUUGUUCCGAUGCGGUUCUGCCUUUUAAUGCCCCUCAUCGGGUUUUAUUUCCCGCGGGGAGUCUGGCAGACGAACGGCAGCAUGAGGAAACGGUUGCAGUGAUGUUAUUUUUCUUUGGAGCAGACUGCUUCUGAAACACAACAGUGUUUUAAGGCAUGACUUCUGAUAUAUGAAAAUUGUUUUAACAGCAGAAAUCAAACAAAAUGACAGAUUUUGAUACUGGAAUGCACAAACACAUUCAGUGGAUAUGUUGGAAACACGUUCUACAAUCAACCACUAUUUAUGACUUCUGACAGUUCUACAGAGAGUGUUUGGCUGGGAGUUGUUUACGAGUGGGUUCUCAUUUGUAGCUGUGUGUGUUUGUGGGGAGGAGAGGGGUAAGUUAAUAGUUUCAGUUAUAAUAUUAUAAGCAAUUGCAUAUUGUUUAAAUGAGAUUGACUAUUUUUUUACACAUCUGUAUUCUAUUACUUUUUUUUUUUUUUUUUUUUUUUUUUUUAAAUACAGAUGAACCCGCUUUUGUCAUGAUUGUCGUGCAGGUAUAAUUUGUGAUAUAAACCAGGUUUCACGUUUGCCUAUGACAGCACAUUACCAGUGCUUGAAAAAAAGAAAGAAAAGUAACAGUGAAUUGCCAUUUACUGCAGAUGUGUUCCAUUUCUUCCAGUGUUAUUGUAAAACUGUGUGUAUACAAUCUUAUUGACUGUCCAGUCCUCGUUGUACUGGUUAGACCGACAUCCUGAAUGUGCUUCUUUAGAGCAAGGUCACUCAGCCAUCAGUGGACACUACUCAUAAACAUGAAAUAUCUGAACUUAUCCACUUAAAAUUAUUGCACACUUCAUGGAAAAUCAAUUACAGCAAUCUGUUUAAAGAGCCAGUAUCAUUUCUCUAUUAGAAAUAACUCCCAGUACUUUUUUGGAAUUAUGAACUACUUUGGGUCUUUGCAUGGUGCGCACUGAUGAAAGUUAGUGGAUGCAUCUGUUGUUUAUUCUCACCUGAGAGUUCUCAUAGGCUAACUUUUACACACAGUAGCUGCUCAGGUUGUUAGGCUGUACCUGGUGUCACGUGCAGCAGUGUUAUCUGGAAUGAAUGAACGGAAUAGCCUAUUGGUUAUGGACAUGUUUUACUUUUGUGUAAAAACCUUUUCAGGUGAACGUUUUCAGAAAAACAUUUAAUUGAAUUUCAACUUGUGAGCUACAUUAACAUUCCAAUAACUUAGCAUUUUUUGCUAGAUAUAAAUAAUUUCUAUAUAUGCUGUUUCACGCUAUGUGAUUGAUUGUGUGGCAUGUUUUUUUUAUUCAAAUAAAAUAAAUAAUUAUAUUCAUGACAUUGUUCUGGAGUGUUUAAGAAACCAGCAACAGUUUGUAAAAGUUUCAUGGAUAUUAAAUUGUAUUUUAUUCAUAAAAACAAGACUUAAAAGCAUCUUAAACUGGGCCCAUUAUCUGUUUGCCAUGAUGCCUUUGCAACUGUGUAUGUGUAUAUAUAUAUAUAUAUAUAUAU